GAUUUGUCAUGUCACUAAGGGGAGACUUGGAAGUGCGGAUUCCCAGGACUCUGGACUUUAGUAGAAGCGCUCGUGCUACCCCCAAGAGCUUUGCUGAAAAUGGAACUGGAGGAAUGGGUUGCCGGAAGACUUAGAUUUCUGAUUUAAGACAAGAAAGCACCGAGCACUGAUUCUUUCAGGAGGGGCAACCCAGCCUGCAAGCUUCAUGCUGAAUGCUCUCCAGCGAGGAAGAGAGAAAUGCCUCCUUUUCAGAGAGGUGGCCCAGAACCACCAAGUUCCUUCUGUCCGCUUGCGCCGCUUCGGUGGCCGAACUAGUGACUUUCCCUCUGGACCUCACAAAGACCCGGCUACAGAUCCAAGGGGAAGCUGCUGGACGUCACCAUGAAGAUGCACGAAGGAGAACGACCCCUUACCGUGGGAUGCUACGGACCGCAGCCGGGAUAGUCCAAGAGGAGGGGGUGCUACAACUCUGGCAAGGAGCAACGCCGGCAGUUUACAGGCACAUAGUGUACAGCGGAGUGCGCAUGGUUGCGUAUGAGCAUCUUCGUGAUUCUGUGCUUGGCCGAGCUGCGGAUGGGAGCUUUCCUCUAUGGAAAGCCGUUGUGGGGGGCAUGGUGGCCGGGGCCAUCGGCCAGUUCUUCGCCAGCCCAACUGACUUGGUGAAAGUGCAGAUGCAAAUGGAAGGAAAGCGAAAGUUGGAAGGGAAGCCCUUGCGAUAUCGCGGAGUCCAUCACGCAUUUGUGAAGAUUGUAUCUGACGGAGGAGUACGAGGCCUUUGGGCAGGCUGGGUGCCCAAUGUCCAACGGGCUGCUCUAGUAAACAUGGGAGAUCUGACGACUUACGACUCAGUGAAACAUUUUUUACUUCUGAAUACAUCACUUCAGGACAACAGCAUCACUCACAGCAUUGCAAGUGGGUGUUCUGGCCUGGUGGCAGCUGUUUUGGGUACUCCGGCGGAUGUGAUCAAAACCCGAAUAAUGAAUCAACCAAGAGAUGAACAUGGGAGGGGUUUGCUGUAUAAAUCAUCCACUGACUGCUUGUUUCAGGCAAUUCAAGGUGAAGGGUUUCCGUCUCUGUACAAAGGUUUCGUACCAACAUGGAUGCGAAUGGCUCCUUGGUCUCUGGUCUUCUGGCUCACCUUUGAACAAAUCAGAAGAAUUAUUGGAGUCAGUUCAUUUUAGGAAUGUGUGGAUAUUAAGCCUUCGAUGGAACUUUGGUGUCCAAAAGGUUGUUGGUACCGGCAGCCAAAGACUAUUUCAAACGAGUUCUUGAUAUUAGCCUAGCGCCAAAUGUAUCACGGGGCAAACAGAAAUUUAAAAAAUGGAAAAAGUAAAUGGCACUAAAUGUUGACUCUUCAAAUGAACUGCCACUAAGCUGCAAGGCACUGUGGAAGGGUCCCAGAUCACUGAUUGUUAUGUGUGGAAAACAGUGAACUGUCGUGAAGCAAGAACAGAGCAUAAAUAAAAGGAUACUGUGUACAGAAA